CCAUCCAGGUGUUUUUACUUGAAUCUUUCAGUUGAACUGAAAUGAGUCCUUACUCUUUGUUGUAAUAAAUUCUCUCUCAUUUUUACUGUCUGCUGGAGUCAAUUAUUACAAUUAGAAUUUUUUUUAUUCUCUUUCAUUUUUUUUCGUCAAAAUGUCUCAAGACUGUGAUUGUAAAACAAGUUACCAACAGUUCAUAAAGAAACAGUUUCUCCGAAUAGAAGACCUUGAAAAUCAGAUAUCUCUCCUGCGAGUGGAAAGAGAUUCACUUCUUCAUGAAAAUGAACGGAUAAUGUUCAAUUUUCAAAUGUUAAGUCUCAAGAAUAAGAGCCACAAAUCAAGGCAACUUCCUGUUGAUGUUACAACAGCAGCUUCAUCCAUACACCAUGGAUCAACAACUAAUGGAGGAGAGAGGAAGCCAGAAACCUAUGAAUUGUCACAAGAGAUUAUGGAUAAACGAUUAGAGAUAAUUGUUCGUAAAUAUGGAAAAGGAUCGUUCAAAGCAGCUUCGGUGAUACAAAAAGCUUUCCGUAAUUAUCAGUUGAACAAAAGGUUUAAAAAUCUUGCUUUGAAUGCGCUACGAGUCAAUAAUCAAGAAAAGGAUCUCCAGAAACAGCAACAAUUGCGACAACAACAACAACAACAACAACAACAGCAACAGCAUAGUUUAACUGUGACCGGUGGGGGUAGUGCGACAAGCCUUGGUGGUUUAAUUGUAAAUGAUUUUGUUGAUGGGGAAUCUAGUCAAUCAUUUGAGCCUUUACAUCAAAAUCUUAAAUCAUCAUUUAAACAAAGUGAAUCAAAAUUAACUCGAACCAGUUCAUCAUCUUCUGCUCCUAAAGGUACAUUUAAUCAUCAUCAUCUAAAUCAGCAACAAACCCAUCAAGUCCAUCAACAGCAACAACAACACCAAAACCAAAACCAAAACCAAAACCAUCAGCAACAACAACAUCAACAUCAACAGCAACAGCAAAACCAACAACAACAACAUCUUUAUCAUCAUCACCCAAAUUUUCAUCCAAAUGGUUUCUCCAAUAGUUUCAAUAAUAAUAUAAGUAAUAAUCUUGUUAAUUCUAAUUCAAUUAUACCUCGUUCACCUACAAUGCCUUCUCUUCAAUCAUCUCCAGUAGCUACAAGCGGAGGAGGAGGUGGUGCUGGAAGUACAGGUAAUAGUGGUCGUGUGGUGGUCAAGAAUAAAAUCUCUGCCAAUACUAAUCACCUUUCACAAGGACAUCAACAAUUAUCAAGUCAACACAAUGCACACCCACAACCAUCACAACCUCUACCCCAACAACAUCAAUAUCAACAACAGCAACAACAAAAUUCCGUUCAUGUUCAUCAUGGUGGUUCAAUGAAAACCUCAGUUUCAGCUACAUCAUUUCCCCACCGGACACCACAUUAUGAUGUGAUAAGAGCUCGUGAAUAUCGUGUAGGUUUAAAUUUGUUUAAUAAAAAUCCACCAGAAAGAGGGAUUCAAUAUCUAUUUGACAAAGGUUUCAUCGACGACAUUGUUGAUGAAUCUAAAUUGGUCCAUUAUUCCGGUAAUCUGGACUGUGGACGAAAAGCCGUUCGAGUGGCUACAUUUCUAUUAACCAAAAAAGGAUUAUCCAAACAGAUGAUUGGAGAGUAUCUUGGAGAUUUACAAUCUCCAUUCAAUCAAUUAGUUUUAAAAUUUUUCGUUCGAGAGAUGGAUUUUACUGGAAUGUUAUUAGAUGUUGGGUUGAGAAAAUUUCAAACUUUCUUCCGAUUUCCAGGUGAAGCUCAGAAAAUCGAGAGAUUGGUUGAAACAUUUGCUGAACGUUACUGUGAAUGUAAUGAGGGUCUUGAACUAGAUCGAGGUGGUGAUUCGGAGGAAACACCUAUAAUUACCAAUAAGGAUGACGUAUUUAUCCUGUCAUUUGCAAUUAUUAUGCUUAAUACUGAUCUACAUGUUCCCAAUAAUAAACGUAGAAUGACAGUCGAUCAAUGGAUUAAAAAUCUUCGGGGUGUAGUCAAGUCCAAUUUAACGGAAGACUUUCUAAUAGGAAUCUAUGAGCGGAUCAAACAAGCGGAAAUGAAAACAGGUCAUGAUCAUUGUUUACAAGUGCUCAAAGUUCAAGCUUCUUUGGUAGCCUCAUCUCGAAAUGUUACAGUUCCCAAUUUAAGUGCAAAUACUUAUAGACGGUUAAUAUGUUUCUGUCGACUUCAUGAGAUUGUUGAUCUAAAUAAGAAAGAGCGUCAAGGUCAACACCAAAGAGAAGUUUUCCUUUUCAAUGAUCUACUUUUAGUCACCAAAGUGUACAAGAAGGGAGGAGGAUCUGCUCCAAGAACAACCAAUAUCGCCGCUGCCGCCGCAGCAUCAGUGGCCUCGAAUCAUCUUGGUAAUGGUUCGGUCGCUUCACAAUUGUACAGUUACCGUCGAAGUAUCUUAUUAACAUCAGUGAAUGUUUCCCUUUUCUCAACACACUAUUAUCCGUAUGGAAUCAAAAUCUCUUCCAGAGUGGAUAAAGAUAAGACAAUGAUUCUUUUCAACGCUCGUAAUGACACUGAUCGGUUCAAAUUUUUCGAAGAUCUAAAAGAAAGUAUCGCAGAAAUGCACCAAAUGGAAAUGAUUAGAAUCCAAUCAACUAUGGGUAAUUCCAAUGGUUGUUCAGGGACAACAUCUCCUUCUAGUGGUUCCGGUGGUUCAGCCAAACGAUUAACAGUUAAUUCUGUCGGUACUGUUUCCAGUUCCUCACUUUCCACCGCUGGAAAUAGUAACACCUUGAAAGCAACUUGUUCAACUGGAUCUUCGGGUUCAUCAUCUUCUUCCUCUUCAUCGUCUUCAUCUACUGUCACAACAAAUACAACGACAAUAAAUUCAUCUUCCACUGGUAAUCUUCCGAGUCUUAAUCAUUCAUCUUUAAUGGAUUUAACAACUUCUUCCAAUUCAUCGUCGCCAUCAUCUUCUUACUCUUCACCCAAAUCAGGCCUCUCAUCUUCUGGUAAACAUCAAGGUAUCAACAAAGUAUCUGUGUCAACCUCUUCCUUAGACUCUGCUCUUCCAAACUCAUCAUCUUCAUCCAAAUCAUCUCAUCAUCUUCCCCCAUUACCUACUCAACCUUCAUCUUCUCAGUCAACAUCUUCAUCAUCACUUUCAGUCACACCAGUAACCACAACAAAUGUUGGCAGUGUUGGCGUUGGGUCAAACCCAAUGACCAGUUCACUUUUAACAACCCUAACAACGACACCUCAAAGUCUUGUAUCAACAACCUCGUUAUCCUCAUCCUCAUCUUCCUCAUCAUCUUCUAAUCAACAGUUGACUUCAACCCAGCAACCACAACAACAACACCCAAACACGACAACAACAACAACUCAUUAUGUUUGAAAGAAAAAGAAAUAUAUAUUCACAAACUGAAUCAAUGAAAAAACGAAACAAUAAGAUUUUUAUUUCUGUUUUAACUCUAAUUUGAUUUCUAAUCAUAGCUGAUUACUGCAUACUCACAAUUUACACACAUACAACAUGAUUCAUCUUAUUGUUUAAAAUGAUGAUCAACAAUUGACUCACUCACACACAGAGGAAGAGCAAAGGAAAUCUAUUUAAAUGCCUUAAUCAAUUCUAAAUCAACUCUCACACCAGAAAGAAAAGUUAAUAUAUAAAUAACUCCAUGUACAUGAUGAUUCAUAUUUAAUUACAACCAAAAAAGAGAUAAAAAGUGACAACAAUUAAUGACAAUUAAUACAAAGGAAACCUAUUAUAUAGAUAAUAUCGAAAGGAUAAUUUGUUGUUAACCAGCCUACACUCAACAACAACAAAAACAACAACAACAAUUAAAUCAACUCACCAAACUUGAAAAAAAGGAUAAAUGAGACAAACACCAAAGUUGAAUUGAUAUAAUAUUAUUAUUUCCAAUGAACCAACAAAAUCCAGUCAAUUAUAAUGAUAAAAUAUUCGUCGCAAUUGAAA